AUGGCAAAACUUUCGGUUCAGUUGUUGUCUCUCUUGUUUGGAACCGGUUCGUGGAUCGCCAUAACUGGCCUCUGGUUGGAGGUGCCGGUGCUCAUCGAGCGCUUGCCUGAGAGCUGGGCGCUGGCCUCUGAUAUGAAUUUUGUGAUCCAAUUGGCAAAUGUGGGGCCAAUCGUGUACUUCGUGUGCAAACGAUACAAAUGGCUGAACGAAACCAAUGCCUCGCAUAUAUUGAUGGCCAUAGGGCUGGCAUCGUGUCUACUGUUGAUCACGUGUUGGGACAAGACGUUUGUGGUGGCGGGGAGCGAGCGGUCGGUGCCCUUAUUUGUGGCCACUUUUGGUUUGGCUCUCUUGGACUGCGCGUCUUCCGUCACAUUCUUGCCAUUUAUGGCCAGAUUUGAUAACAAUUAUCUCACGCCUUAUCUUAUCGGCGAAGGUUUGAGUGGUUUUCUUCCGACGAUCUUUGCUUUACUCCAAGGCGUCCAACAGAGCGAGUCGUGUGAAGCCUAUAAUGAGAUGUCUGUCAAUGCGAGCGCUUCCGACGCCAAACACUUAUCGCAACUCACAUUUUCGGCACAAUAUUUCUUCGUCUCAUUAUUAUUCACAUUAAUGAUCAGUUGGUUGGCAUUGAUUUUGCUGCAAAUACUGCCCGUCUGUAAGCAAGAGGUCAGACCUAUGGAGGCAAAAGAGCGCCCAACAGAUCGUGAAAGCAUUCGCAAACUUCACGACAAGUCACCAGAAAAUGUCUUAUCUAUCGAUUCGCAAAAUAAUUACAAGAUUCCCACAAAAAAGAAUAUAGGGAAACAUAAAUACAAUUACUUCUUAUGUCUCAUAUUGUUGUGCUGUUUAUCAACAUUUGGUUUCAUGCCAUCGAUUCAACCCUAUUCAGCGCUGCCCUAUGGGAACUCCACUCUCCACUACAUUGUCAUACUGUCCGGCCUUUCCUAUCCGUUCGGUUGCUUUCUGGCGAUGCUUUUUAUCAGUUUCGAAGAAAUGGCAAAACUUUCGGUUCAGUUGUUGUCUCUCUUGUUUGGAACCGGUUCGUGGAUCGCCAUCACUGGCCUCUGGUUGGAGGUGCCAGUGCUCAUCGAGCGCUUGCCUGAGAGCUGGGCUCUGGCCUCCGAUAUGAAUUUUGUGAUCCAAUUGGCAAAUGUGGGGCCAAUCGUGUACUUCGUGUGUAAACGAUACAAAUGGCUGAACGAAACCAAUGCCUCGCAUAUAUUGAUGGCCAUAGGGCUGGCAUCGUGUCUACUGUUGAUCACGUGUUGGGACAAGACGUUUGUGGUUUGGGGGAGCGAGCGGUCGGUUCCCUUAUUUGUGGCCACUUUUGGUUUGGCUCUCUUGGACUGCGCGUCUUCCGUCACAUUCUUGCCAUUUAUGGCCAGAUUUGAUAACAAUUAUCUCACGCCUUAUCUUAUCGGCGAA